AGCAACAAAAGGAGGAAAGGAUGGAGGAAAAGGGAAACCAAAAAUGAAAAACUCCAACUUCCCCAGUGAUUCUAAGAGACCGAGUCCUAGGUGGGAAAUAAAAUUCUGCCUUUUCAAUCUAGUUUUUUCCAUGCCUAGAAUUCAGCAGACACCAGAUGGAUGAGCCUGAAUGGGUCCUAAAUCUCUCGGAGACUCUUACCUUCUGAACGGGGAAAAUCAAGCAAGGGAAAGGAGAAAAUUCGUCAGUUCUUCCUGGUAUUCACAUAAAUGCACUAGAACGCUCUCUGGGUCCUCAAGGAGAAACUUCAAGAAGGAGACGUGCUGAAGCAAAGCCAAGGGGGAGUGUCUAUGUCUCUGAACUUGUUCUGGCCCCUUGCCUCUGUCCUGCCUGGGUGACGUCAGAGUCUCUCUGUGAGGUCACCGCCUCCCCACCGGCUUCGACCCGAGGUCCUGCCAAAGACCUUUGUGAUGUCACUGCCACCCCCGCUCCUCCACUGCUAGGCAACUGUCCUGGCCCUGGCCAGCUGCUCUGGAUGCUGAAGCGGCUCCCUGGGGCUGUCCCCACGCGAUGGCUGUGGAUCCAUUAGGCUACCCAUAGCGCAUCAAAGGCUUCCACACACUGUCCUUCAUCAGUUAGGAGACUCGGGGCGGAAGGGCCCAUUGGAGCCUCUAAUCUGCCCUCAGUAAAGCACCGCUCUGGCACAGGGGCUAGUGUGUCACCCAGCACUGGCCAGAAAGACACCGAGUCGUCAUUAAACCCCGUCAAGAGGUGGAGGAUCCAGCGGCUCCCAGGGGAGUCAUCCCAGCUGGGUCUCUGCGUCUCCUGGCCACUGCCUCUUGCUGGACCUGUCUCUUCUGCGGCCCUUCAGCACCAGGCCGCCUUUCGCAACUAAAGCACCGCAGCGAAGCCACCUCAGCAUCUUCCAUGUCUCUGUCAGGCAGGGACCCGGACCCAGCCGCAGCGCAAGGCUGAGAGUUGGGGGGGGCCAAAGAGGGGAGACUGUUCCCGCCCAGGUGCCAUCGGACUUUGCUCUCUGUGGGGACAGUGAGGGGCUGUGUCUGAGUGCCCAGAAACGAGCAGGUGGUGCACGCACUGGAAAUUGGUGGGAAGCGCAGCUGCACUAACUGCCACGAGCACCACCUUAAAAAGGUUGGGCUGGCCGCAGUUCCCUGAAGGAGCUCCAAGUCCCACCCCACCUCUCAAAGCUUGAGCAGCUCUGCCCCCGGAAGUGUCUUGCGGAACCUGUGACCUCACUUCCUGCACGUGUGUGGGGCAGGGGCGAGGCGUUGCCCCCACGUUCUAUGGCAGAGGCGGGAGCCGGUGCUGGUGGCGGCGGCGGUGCCUUGAGCGACAACGGUGCCAUCGACUACACGGUGCACGAGGCCUGGAACGAGGCCACCAACGUCUACCUGCUGGUAGUGCUUGCCAGCCUGGCACUGCUGGUCUACGCGCGCCGGAAUAAAAGGAAGAUCAUGCGAAUAUUCACUCUGCCUCCUACAGCAGAUGCUCCAUUGGAACCAGAUUUUUAUGAUAGCAUGAAAAAAAUCCGCUUACGACAACAAUUAGAGAUGUAUUCCAUUGCAAGGAAGUAUGACCAGCAGCAGCCACAGAAACAGACCGACAGCGUGCAACUCUCAAUGGAAUGAAGUCUCAAAUUGUGGGAACUCAUGCAAUUGUUACAGUGCUCAUGACAGGAGAGUUUUCAAAGAAGCUUUAAUAGGUGUAUUUUUUUUUUUAAAACAAAACUCUCCUAUAAAUACAUUUCUGGGAAACUGAGCCUGUUUAGGUGUUUACUGGACCAUCUGCUGAUUCAUUAAAAACAAAAACACCUAAUACAUCUUAGUCUUGCUCGAAGAAACACUCGAGGGAAUAUGGCUGUAGUUCAUAAUAAGAGAUGUUCAAAAUGUUCCAGUGGUUUCCACUGUUGCCAAUACUUUGGUGACCAUUUCUUUUGUUGAACAGGUAUUUUUGCAACAUGGCAAUAGAAAACUUUAGGCUUAUUUGUUAAGUUUCUACUGUUCGUCUCCCCUGACGAUUGUUCCUUAGGGGGAACACAUGGAAAAGUCAGACAGGCCUACGUGCCUGAACAUUGCCAAAUAUUGUCACAUUUGAACAUCAUUGGCUUCUGCUGGCAGGGAACACAACAGAACCUUCACAAUAAAAGUAACUGUGCUGCUGUAAAUUCGCAGUGGAAGUGAGUAGCUCUUGAGAGCCAGAAAUGUACAUAAUUAACCUUACUGGAGGAAAAAAAAGUCAUCUGUAUAGAGAGCAUAAUUAUAGUACUGUAACUUCCAUGUUGAAGCUUUAAUGAGAGCUACGAUAAGGAGGGUAGUGCUGAAGCCUUGUUUGCUAAACAACUAUAUGUUGUAUUGCUGUGGCAAAUACUAAAUUAGAGAUAAAAGGUAUUUGAAGUAAUAUCUUUUAUUGAACUAUCUUGGGUUGGGGGGAGAGACACGGUUUUGAGCUUAUACAGAGCUCUCCGCUCUGGGAAAUAUACUCCCAGCUUCACAAAAACACAAGCUGGGACAGAUUGUUUGCCAUAUAUAGUUAGCAUAGAGUCUAAGGGAUCAUUCAAGAUAGUGUUACUAAUAUCCUGAGACUAACAUUGAUGCGUAUCUAGUAAAAUAACAUGUUAAAUACUAAAAUAAUCUGUAAACUAUACCAAUAAAUAGCAUGGAUUUAUACAGAGUAGAUGAUCUGAUAGCUCUUUUGAUUAAAUUACAAAAUUGAUAAAGAUGAUAAUUUGACUUUUGUUCAGGCAUUUGAUAAAUUAUGAACAAUCUUACUUGAAAAUGUCAGUUUAGCAUAGCUCUGUGUCAUGUUACAUGAGUUCAUCUGGCUGAAGUAUUCUGAACACAAUUGGUACAUGGCAAUGUGCAGAGUUAAAUGCAGGUGUCUUGAUUUUAUUUUUAGUUAUUAGCAUUAUACCUAGUCUUAAGUCAUUAGUCUUGGUGCUGAAGCAAACAUUUUAUUCCACCAGAGCAACUUAGGAUGAAAUAUUUUAUUUCACGUUAUAAAAUUCAGUACAGUUUAACAAACUGAGUUUUCGCCAGUAAUCUCUCCAUACCUCCAAAUUGUUCUCUGGUUUUGUUUAUCUUAAAUUACAAACUUUUCUGUACAAGAAAUGUCUUGGGCUAAGUUUUCUUCUGGGUACAGAAGGAGCCCACAGAGGAGCAAAUGAUAGUUCUCAGAUUCUGAAGUCAGCUACAUGCUGGCCUAGAGUAGUUUUGAGCCGUGAGUUUCUGCUUUAAACUGGACUAACUGUAGCAACCCUAAGGAUUAUCUACCAAGUGAAAAUACUCCAGUGGCAUAGAAACUCACUCCAGUUAACUAGGUGAGGACUCGUCCUGGCUAGCUGUUUUUUUCCAUUCCCUCAAAAACCUGGAAUUGGCCACUGUCAGGUGGACCGUUGGUCUGGUCAGGUAUGGCUAUUCUUAUGUUGACCUUGCGGUCUCAGGUAUAAUUAUCAAGUGCAAGCUUGGGGAGCUUUUGGUCUCUUCAGACCAUAGAUUUAGGGACAGAAAAUUUGGCUUGUGUCCUUUAAAGUGCCAUAUUAGAGCUGUAUAAAUUAUAUGUAGAUGGAGAAAUAAUAUGGAGGGUUUUUGCCAGGAAAAAUGCAGCCUAAUCUGUAGACUAUUACAGAGUGGCAGAGGAAAUAAACAUGCUCGAUAUUUGAUACUUUAUAGAUUGAAUAAAAGUUAUUUAAGUACCCUACCAGAUUGUGUUCUGUUAGUGAUGGAUUGUAUUUCUACUAAGGGCUUACUUGCAAAUGUCAAGUAGUGAAUCUUUCCUUGGAAGACUAGUCAGUAUCUCAGGUGGGGAAGUGUCUCCUGACUUUCAGCCUGUAUUUUCUCUUUUUAAAGUACUCCUGCCUGUGUGAAAUGCUGUGGGGUUUUUUUUGUAUCGUCUGUUAUUUGUUUAAAAGUAAAACCCCUGUAAGGGCA